CUGGAUAAGAGCGAGGUGACAACGUUGGGCCUGCCCCCCUCAGCCAGCCAUGGAGCCUCUGACGCCUCUCACAUCAGCGUGGAUGGGGCAGGGGCUGUGGCCGAGGUGGGAGCUCUAGCCGGAUGGGCUGAAGGGUCAGUGGUUGUCGAGGCCCAAUGGACACGCACUGCUCUGGAGCAGCUACAGCAGAAGAUCUUGAAGAUCACUGAGCAGAUUCGCAUAGAACAGGAGGCACGAGAUGACAACGUGGCCGAAUACUUGAAGCUGGCCCACAAUGCCAACAGGCAUCAGGCUUUCCGUAUCAAACAGGUGUUUGAGAAGAAGAACCAGAAGUUUGCACAGACCAUCACCCACCUGCUCAAAAAGCUAGAGCACUACCACAAGAAGUUGAAGGAGAUAGAGCAGGUGAGUGUGUGUGCAGGUGUGUGUCUGUGUGUGUGUGUGUGUGAGAGAGAGAGAGAGACAGACAGACAGACAGACAGACAGACAGACAGACAGACAGACAGACAGACAGACAGACAGACAGACAGACAGACAGACAGACAGACAGACAGAGAGAGAGAGAGAGAGAGAGAGAGAGAGAGAGAGAGAGAGAGAGAGAGAUGGGUCCUCUUUUAAGUUGACACCGUUUCCCCCUUUCUCCUUAUAGCAUGGUCUAGGCCAGCAGUAUAAGGAUGUGGUGGUGGAAAUGCAGCAGGGGCUGAAGGAUGUAGGAGCCAACGUACGAGCAGGGAUCAGUGGCUUUGGUGGAGGUUUGGUGGAGGGGGUCAAAGGAGGGGCGUCAGAACUCACCCAUACCGCUGUGGUAUCUAAGCCAAGGGAGUUUGCCAGCUUGAUCAAAUUCGGCAGCACAGACACCAUAGAGGACGGUGUAGAGGGGCAUUCAGACAACGCACCCCUGAGUGGCUGCUUCACCUUGGCCUCCAGCCCCAAGUACGGCAGUGAUGAUGAGUGCUCCAGUGACGUCAGUGAUGACGAGUGCUCCGGGGCCAGGGGAGGAGGGGGGAUGUUGGGGCUGGGGCCGGGCAGGCUGGAUGGGUACCACCAUCAUAGUUCCUGGGAUGCCCAGCUGGUAGGCCUGCAGGAGAUCAAGGCCAGCCAGGCCCACAUGGAGGACGCCAUCGAGGACAUGAAGAGUCAGCUGCAGAGUGACUACUCCUAUAUGAAACAGUGCCUGCAGGAGGAGAGAUACAGGUAUGAGCAACUGGAAGAGCAGCUGAACGACCUGACAGAGCUGCACCAGAAGGAGAUGUCCAACCUGAAACAUGAGCUGGCCAGCAUAGAGGAGAAAGUGGCCUACCAGUCUGAUGAGAUAACCAGAGACUCUCAGGUAAAGAGGAAGACACUGUGUAUAAUCAGCUGUGUAGUGGAGGGUAAACACAUGUAAAAGCAGUUUAUUCACCUUUUUUAUUUUGAGUAUUUACCCACCUUUUACAGAAAAAUGCAAUGAAAGUAUAGAGAGCAUUAUUUUACUCACCGCAAACUGCGAUCAGCGUUUACCCACCUAUUUUUAAAAAACCAUUAAUUAACAGUAAUUUCGAUCCUAAUGUGCAAAUUGUCCAAAUAGAUACGCAAGGUAGAUGGAUUAUUUUAAAUAUGUUAUUGGACCAUAAACAGAUAUGGCUCAUUAACCUUUACGGACCAAAUAAUGAUGAUCCACACUUCUUUGACAAUAUAUAUAUAUAAUAAAUGAUCAACCCUGCAAGCAAUUCAAGACUCUAUUAUUAUGGUGGGAGAUUAUAAUACUGUUUUAAAUAGCUCAAUGGACCGUAAAGGAAAUCACUCUACAAACAAUCACCCUCAUGCUCUUAAGGAAAUCGUGAAUGUCAUGGAUACAUUAGAACUAGUAGAUAUAUGGAGGCUUAAAUAUCCUGAUCUAGUGAGAUAUACAUGGCGGAGAAUAGAAUUAAAAAGGUAUUGUCAGACAUUAUUCAUUCUAAUCAGACAGGUUGGAAGAUACAUUGGAGAUAAUAUAAGGCAAGUACUGGAAACAAUAGAACACUAUGAAAAAUCUGGGAAACCAGGCCUGCUAUUCAUAGCAGACUUCGAAAAGGCAUUUGAUAAAGUAUGACUGGGGUUUAUAUAUAAAUGCCUGGAGCAUUUCAAUUUUGGAGAAUCUUUUAUAAAAUGGGUUAAAAUCAUGUAUAGUAAACCUAGGUGUAAAAUAGUAAAUAAUGGCUAUUUCUCAGAAAGUUUUAAACUGUCAAGAGGAGUGAAACAAGGUUGUCCACUAUUGGCAUAUCUAUUUAUUAUGGCCAUUGAGAUGUUAGCUAUUAAAAUCAGAUCCAACAAUAAUAUCAAGGGAUUAGAAAUCCAGGGCUUAAAAACAAAGGUGUCAUUGUACGCUGAUGAUUCAUGUUUUCUUUUAAAUCCACAACUUGAAUCCCUCCACAGCCUCAUAGAGGAUCUAGAUACAUUUUCUAACCUCUCUGGAUUACAACCAAAUUAUGAUAAAUAUACUAUAUUACGUAUUGGAUCACUAUAAAAUACAAUUUUUACAUUACCAUGUAGUUUACCAACACAAUGGUCUGAUGGUGAUGUGGAUAUACUCGGAAUACAUAUCCCAAAUGAAAUAAAUGAUCUCACUCCAAUAAAUGUCAAUAGAAAGUUAGCAAAAAUAGAUAAGAUCUUGCUACCAUGGAAAGGUAAAUACCUGUCAAUUUGUAGAAAAAUCACCCUGAUUAACUCUUUAGUAUUAUUCCAGUUUACCUAUUUGCUUAUGGUCUUGCCUACACCUAGCGAACAGUUUUUUUAAAUUAUAUGAGAAAAAAAUAUUCAAUUUUAUUUGGAACGGCAAGCCAGACAAAAUUAAAAGGGCCUAUUUCUAUAAUGAAUAUGAAUUUGGAGGACAGAAAUUAUUAAAUAUUAAAGCAUUAGACCUAUCACUAAAAGCUUCAGUCAUACAAAAGUUAUACUUAAAUCCGAACUGGUUCUCUAGCAAAUUAGUAGGAUUGUCUCACCCAAUGUUCAAGAAUGUUUUUUUCCCUUUAUUCAGAUUACAACCUCUCACUUUCAGUUAUUUGAAAAGGAAAUCAUCUCCCAAAUAUCACUCUUUCUAAAACAAGCCAUAGAAAGUUGGUUGCAAUUUCAAUUUAAUCCUCCAGAAACGACAGAACAAAUAAUGCAACAAAUAUUGUGGUUAAACUCAAAUAUACUAAUUGAUAAAAAAAACUUUUUUUUUACAAAAUGUUUAAAAAAGGUAUAAUCUUCGUAAAUGAUAUCAUCGGUAGGACUGGUGGAGUUAUGUCGCACAUGCAGCUAACAAAAACAUAUAGAAAUGUCUGCUCUACCCAAAAUUACAACCAAAUAAUUGUAGCAUUACUGCAAAAAUGGAAGAGGAAAGUGGAGGGGGGAAAAAGUAAGGAACUUGUCUGUCGGCCUUGCAUUAAAGAACAAAAUUGGUUAAAGAAAACUGUGAUAAAUAAAAAAGUAUACCAGUUUCAUUUAAGGACCAAAGGGUUGACAGCCAUCCCAUAUAGAUUGCAAAAUAGUUGGGAAGAGAUUGUUUAUGUAUCGAUCCCAUGGCAUAGUGUUUAUGAACUGAUACGGAAAACGACGGCGGAUUCAAAGCUUAGAAUUCUUCAAUUUAAAUUAUUAUAUAAAAUUCUUGCUACCAAUAUAAUGUUAUUUAUAUGGGUGAUACAAUCUUCCCAGCUCUGCAGAUUUUGCUGCGAAGAGACUUGAUCAUUUGUUUUGGUACUGUCCAUUUGUAGCUUGUUUUUGGACACAUGUCCAGGAAUGGCUAAAGGAUUGCAAUAUUUACCUGGAGCUAACACUGCAGAUAGCAUUACUGGGUUAUCUGAAAAGUCAUAGUCAAUCGAUCAAUAAUAUAAUAAUACUUUUAGCAAAAAUGUUUAUUUUCAAUUUACAACCUGUAGUAACAAUGAGAAUAGAAAGGUUCAGAACUUUUGUAAAACAUCACAGUACAGUUGAAAAAUAUAUGGCAAAUAGAAAUCCAAUAUGGAUGGUGUUAAGAGAUAGAUGGGUGGUGUUGAAUGGAGUUGAAGGAUGGGACUAAUAACAACUAACAGCUAAUAACAACAAGAUAACUAAUAAUGUAAGCAUACUGUGUCCAUAAUAAGUAUAUAGGUUAUAGGUUGAGCGCUUUUGUGAAAGAGCACAGUUAGAAAGAUAUGGCAUAUAGAAGCAAACCCGAUGGACAUCAUGAAAAUGAUCGGAGAGGUUGAGGGUAGAGGAAGUUCAGGAGUAAAAACAAACAAAAUAUAAUUAUUGUAAAAUUGACUGUGUCCAUAAAAUGUAUAUAGUAUGUAUAAGCUUGAAGUAGAGGCCUAAGCAUUGUUGUUCACUAGUUUACUCUAAUUAGGGAAGGGGUGGUGGGGUUGGAAUGUAAUAAAGGGAAAUAUUUUUUUUUAAAGGAUAUGUAUAUGUAUGUCUAUAUAUAUGUAUGUAUGUAUGUAUGUAUAUGUAUGUAUGUGUAUAUAUAUAUAUAUUUGCGAGAGAAAAAAAACAUAUGGGGGAUUGGAAGUGAUGCAGACAAUUACAUUGAUGGAAGUUACAAUCUAUCUGCAAUAUUAAAGGUGAUUAAAGCUUUGUACAUGUAGGUAGGUGUAAAGUGACUAUGCAUAGAUAAUAAACAGCGAGGAGGGGGGGGGGGUCAAUGUAAAUAGCCCGGGUGGCAAUUUGAUUACUUGUUCAGCAGUCUUAUGGCUUGGGGGUAGAAGCUGUUAAGGAGCCUUUUGGACCUAGACUUGGCGCUCCGGUACCGCUUGCUGUGCGGUAGCAGAGAAAAAAGUAUAUGACUUGGGUGACUGGAGUCUUUGACAAUUUUCUGGGCCUUCCUCUGACACCGCCUUGUAUAUAGGUCCUGGAUGUCAGGAAGCUUGGCCCCAGCGAAGUACUGGGCCGUACCCACUACCCUCUGUAGCGCCUUACGGUCGGAUGCCGAGCAGUUGCCAUACCAGGCGGUGAUGCAACCGGUCAGGAUGCUGUCGAUGGUGCAGCUGUAUUACUUUUUGAGGAUCUGGGGAACCAUGGCAAAUCUUUUUAGUCUCCUGAGGGGGAAAAGGCGUUGUCGUGCCCUCUUCACGACUGUCUUGGUGUGUUUGGACCAUGAUAGUUUGUUGGUGAUGUGGACACCAAGGAACUUGAAACUCUCGACCCACUCCACUACAGCCCCGUCGAUGUGAAUGGGGACCUGUUCGGCCCUCAUUUUCCUGUAGUCCACGAUCAGCUCCUUUGUCUUGCUCACAUUGAGGGAGAGGUUGUUGUCCUGUCACCACACCACCAGGUCUCUGACCUCCUCCCUAUAGGCUGUCUCAUCGUUGUCAGUGAUCAGGCCUACCACUGUUGUGUCGUCAGCAAAUGUAAUGAUGGUGUUGUAGUCAUGCUUGGCCAUGCAGUCGUGGGUGAACAGGGAGUACAGGAGGGGACUAAGCACGCACCCCUGAUGGGCCCCAGUGUUGAGGAUCAGCGUGGCAGAUGAGUUGUUGCCUACCCAUACCACCUGGGGUGGCCCAUCAGGAAGUCCAGGAUCCAGUUGCAGAGGGAGAUGUUUAGUCCCAGGGUCAUUAGCUUAAUGAUGAGCUUUGUAGGCAAUAUGGUGUUGAACGCUGAGCUGUAGUGAAUGAACAGCAUUCUCACAUAAGAGUUCCUUUUGUCCAGGUGGGAAAGGGCAGUGUGGAGUGCGAUUGAGAUUGCGUCAUCUGUGGAUCUGUUGGGGUGGUAUGCGAAUUGGAGUGGGUCUAGGGUUUCCGGGAUGAUGGUAUUGAUAUUAGCCAAGACCAGCCUUUCAAGGCAGUUCAUGGCUACCAACGUGAGUGUUACGGGGCGGUAGUCAUUUAGGCAGGUUACCUUCAUUUUCUUGGGCACAGGGACUAUGGUGGUCUGCUUGAAACAUGUAGGUAUUACAGACUCGGUCAGGGAGAGGUUGAAAAUAUCAGUGAAGACACUUGCCAGUUGGUCUGCGCAUGCUCUGAGAACACGUCCUGGUAAUCCAUCUGGCCCCGUGGCCUUGUGAAUGUUGACCUGUUUAAAGGUCUUGCUGACAUCGGCUACGGAGAGCGUGAUCACACAGUCAUCCGGAACAGCUGAUGCUCUCAUGCUUGCUUCAGUGUUGCUUGCCUCGAAGCGAGCAUAAAAGGCAUUUAGCUAAUCUGGUGGGCUCGCGUCACUGGGCAGCUCGCAGAUAGGUUUCCCUUUGUAGUCCGUAAUAGUUUGCAAACCCUGCCACAUCCGACGAGCGUCAGAGCCGGUGUAGUAGGAUUCAAUCUUAGUCCUGCAUUGACACUUUGCCUGUUUGAUGGUUCGUCUGAGGGCAUAGCGGGAUUUCUUAUAAGUGUCCGAAUUAGUGUCCCACUCCUUGAAAGUGGCAGCUCUAGCCUUUAGCUUGGUAUGGAUGUUGCCUGUAAUCCAUGGCUUCUGGUUGGGAUAUGUACGUACGGUCACUGUGGGGACGUCGUCGUCGUGCACUUAUUGAUGAAGCCGGUGACUGAGGUGGUAUACUCUUCAAUGCCAUUGGAUGAAUCCCGGAACAUAUUCCAGUCUGUGCUAGCAAAACAGUCCUGUAGCGUAGAAUCCGCAUCAUCUGAUCAAUUCCGUAUUGAGCGAGUCACUGGUACUUCCUGCUUUAGUUUUUACUUGUAAGAAGGAAUCAGGAUGAUAGAAUUAUGGUCAGAUUUGCCAAAUGGAGGGCGAAGAAGAGCUUUGUAUGCGUCUCUGUGUGUGGAGUAAAGGUGGUCUAGAGUUUUUUUUCCCUCUGGUUGCACAUGUGACAUGCUGAUAGAAAUUAGAUUAAACUGAUUUAAGUUUGACUGCAUUAAUGUCCCCGGUCACUAGGAGCGACGCUUCUGGAUGAGCAUUUUCUUGUUUGCUUAUGGCCUUAUACAGCUUGUUGAGUGCGGCCUUAGUGCCAGCAUCGGUUUGUGGUGGUAAAUAGACGGCUAUGAAUAAUAUAGAUGAAAACUCUCUUGGUAGAUAGUGUGGUCUACAGCUUAUCAUUAGGUACUCUACCUCAGGCGAGCAAUACCUCGAGACUUCUUUAACAUUAGACUGCGCACCAGCUGUUAUUGACAAAUAGACACACACACCCACCCCUCGUCUUACUCGUCAUACUUUUUUUUCCGUCUUACCAGACUUAGCUGCUCUGUCCUGCCGAUGCACAGAAAACCCAGCCAGCUCUAUAUUAUUUGUGUCAUUGUUCAGCCACGACUCGGUAAAACAUAAGAUAUUAGUUAGUAGGAUAGUCUCGAUCGUAGAUCAUCCAGUUUAUUUUCCAGUGAUUGCAUGUUGGCCAAUUGAACGGAUGGUGGAGGCAGUUUACCCACUCGCCGACAAAUUCUCACAAGGCACCCCUACCUCUGCCCCCUGUAUUUCCGUCUUUUCUUCACGUGAAUGACGGGGAUUUGGGCCUGGUCUCGGGGAAGCAGUAUAUCCUUCGCGUUUGAUUCAUUAAAGAAAAAAUCUUCGUCCAGUUCGAGGUGAGUAAUCGCUGUUCUGAUGUCCAGAAGCUGUUUUCGGCCAUAAGAGACCGUAGCAGCAACAUUAUGUACAAAAUAAGUUACUAACAAUGUGAAAUAACUAACAAAUUAGCACAGUUGGUUAGGAGCCCGUAAAUGGCAGCCAUCCCCUCCGGCACCAAUUAUGUUAUAUGUUUUUGUACAGGAGGCGGUGGAGUCGUGCCUGACCCGCAUCACUAAGUUGGAGCUGCAGCAGCAGCAGCAGCAGAUGGUGCAGUUGAAGGGUGUGGAGAACGCCAACGCCCGCGCCCUGCUGGGCAAACUCAUCAACAUCAUCCUGGCUGUCAUGGCCGUAGUGCUAGUGUUCGUCUCCACCCCAGCCAACUUCAUCACUCCGCUCAUAAAGACCCAAGCUCGGGGGGCCGCCACCGUCCUACUGGCCCUUUUUCUGUUC